GGUUGUUGUUGUGGGCGCAGCAGCAUCAGAGAUACAAAGAAGAGGCGACAAUGGCGGAGCUGUCUCUGUAUCUGACCAACGUGAACGUGUCCAUAGGACGGACCGUGGACGUGGAGCAGACUCAGGGCUCGAACUCGAGCAGAGACUUUGAGAGCGUGGAGCUCGGCGAGCUGGAGAAGAGAGACGAGCAUCAGCAGAGGGAGAAGGUUCCUCGCAGGAUCAUCCAUUUCUCCAGCGGGGAGACGAUGGAGGAGUACAGCACCGACGAAGAGGACGGAGAGGACAAGGAGCCCGAGAGGAAAGACCUGCUGUCCUCUCCGGUCGAUGCGGUGAGGUCAAAGCUGACCUGGGGGCCGUACUUCUGGUUUCACAUGUGGAGAGCCGCCACGUCCACCAUCUCAGCCUGUGACUACCUGGGUGAGAGGAUGGCCUCCCUCUUUGGAAUAACGUCAGCCAAAUAUCAGUAUGCUAUUGACGAAUACUACAGGAUGAAGAAGGAGAGAGAAGAGGAGAAAGAGGAAAACCGCCUGUCAGAAGAAGCAGAACGAUCCUUUGACCAGGGACAGUCUCAGGAAGAUGAAGACGAGCCGAUCACCGUGACAGGCCCGCCGGAGGAAGUCGCGGCUCACCCCGAUGUGACCUAUCGGAUCGAGGAUGAAAAUCAGGCAUCUUCCACUACCAUGACAGUGCCUGCAAUCGUAACGGCAACCUAACUAACCCUAGAGAUGGACGUUUGUGCUUUAAUGUGUGUUUGUUUGUUAAAGAAGGAACACUGUCUUGUUUCACCGAGCACCGUUUGGUUUGUGUACGACACAGCUUUAGAUGGGCAGUGCUGCUGUAUUGUGGUUGUGUGGCGAGGACAGGAGUGGUGGAGUUCCUCCGCUGACUGAAAAGUGUCCCUUUGCAACAGAGCAGCAACUGAUGACGUAACUGCUGGAUAAUGGAGCAACAUAUUUGGAUCAUUGGAUGCAAUGAAAUGUGAAUCACAAAAUGUCAUAUCGUGUGCCAGUUUAUCUGCCAAUGUAAAGUUUUGUCCAGAUCGUUGUCUCGGUCAGAACAGCAGGUUUUCAGGUGUUACAUCAUCCAGCAGCUGUUGCGUUGUCAGUUGCUGCAGCAGCCUCCCAAAUGUGAACGUCUGCUGUAGAGUGAAGGUUACAUGUUGCUCCCCUGUGCCUCCAAUCGACCGGACACUGUGCCUAAAUCACCAAUACAGCCAAGUCAGUGACAGAUCUGGACGAAGCAAAAUGAUCUCAAGUGUCUGAAGACAUAAAAAAGCCUUCAGUUCAUUCAGCUUUUGGAUGAUUCAAAUAUAUAACGCAGGUUCAACAGCUGUUUCGUCCUGAUCUGAUCCAACUGGUGCAUUCUCGAUACACCUGGCUGCACCAAAGAGCUGGCCGUUUUAACACUCGCUCACAUGUUAAUUUGCUCUCUGUGUUUUUGUAUUAAUGCUCAUUAAGCUCGUCUUGCACUCUGCUUAGCGUCUGUGUGGAAACACUGAGCAGAUUUAGCCUCAAAUCAUCUGUAGACCACAAGACAUUUUGUUAGAAACUAACAAUGAAAACGGGUUUAGGUGUUCUGCGUUGCUCUUAUUAUCUGCCCGAUCUGCUCUGGACCUGAGCGCAGGGAGCAUUGUUACACUAAGUCUGUAAGACGACAUGCAAACUGACAUUUUUAACUGUUUUUAGUACGAUUUUGAUAUUUAUGUAUUUAUUUUAAUGAACUGAUGGAGCACUUAAUUUCAGCAUAUUUUCUAUUGAUUUAGUACGUAACACUGUAAUGAACUGUUAAUAAAAUCAUAGUUAUUGUCUUA